AGGGAAACUCUGCGUUCCCGCUGACGGAGCGGGGUGACCUGUAGCUCUACUAGUGAAGCCGCUCGUUGGGCUCAGCCCCCCGCCCCCCAGGCCCCACGCCACGCCUCGGCGUUUCGUCAGGACGCGAGACCGUGGAGACUGCGCCGCACGGGGGCUCGGGGAUAGCUCAGUGCGAGCGGGGGCUCGAUCGCGUCGGGAGCGGGCCGGCCGAGCGCUUUGCGUAGAAAGCCGGGCAUUGUGGUGGCAGCUGCUCGGCUGCCGUGCUUCGGACUAACGCGUCUUUGUCGUCGUUCUGUCUCUGAAUGUCAGUGCUCCCUCCUUGGCUCCGCAUCGCAUCUAUGACCUCCUUCUCAGACUGGAUCGAGUAUGUACCCCCCUGCGAGAAAAGACUUCGUCUCCCUAACCGUCCCUGAGCAGGAUAGGGGCAGUUACAACAACAGCAAGCAGUGGCGUAGGCAGUCCUGCUGGAGGAAAUGGAAGCAGCUUUCCAGGUUGCAGCGCAGUCUUAUUCUCUUCCUGCUGGUGCUGCUGCUGGUCUGUGCCAUCGCCACGUACCCCACCCUGCUGGAGCACUGGGCAGGUCCUUCUGGGGAGGUCAGUAAGAAGGAGUGGCACAAAGACGACGCCGACACCCUUCUGAAAAAUGUGUUGCCAGGGGCCCCUCCAGGUGCUGGCCAGCAGGACAGCCCCCCGCCUGAUAAGCAACAUGCCCCCAUCCUGCCUGAACCCCCCCCUGUGCAGAAAAAAGCAAUCAAUAGACGGGGACCCCCCAGCUUACAGAACUAUUCUCGGAAGAAAAAAGAAAAUGUCUCCGACUCCCAGGUGGAGGAGAAGCUGGACCCAGCGCUGGGGAGCAGGGACCAGGUGGAGGGAGAGAAGCCAGUUAUCAGCUGGCGAGGGGCUAUGAUUGAGGCAGAGCAAGCAACUGAACCCCAGCCCUCUGCCAGGGAGAAAGAGAGGGCAGAUGGGAAGGAGCACCUUGAGCUGGCCAGGCCGGUGAACACGGGGAACACGGAGAACCAGGAGCCAGGAGGUACGACAGGCCGUCUUGAGGCUGUGAGAGAGGCCUUCAGACACGCCUGGAAGGGCUACAAGGAGUUUGCUUGGGGUCAUGAUGAGCUGAAGCCCAUCUCCAAGUCUUAUGGGGAGUGGUUUGGACUGGGCCUGACUCUGAUUGAUGCUCUGGACACCAUGUGGAUCCUGGGCUUAAAAGAAGAAUUUGAAGAGGCUAAAACCUGGGUAGCGACAGAACUGUCUUUCGACAAGAAUGUGGAUGUCAACCUGUUUGAGAGCACCAUCCGGAUCAUAGGAGGCCUGCUCAGCACCUACCACCUGACUGGUGACGGCAUGUUCUUGGAAAAAGCCAAGGACUUAGGAUCCCGGUUGAUGCCUGCCUUCAACACCGCUUCCAAGAUCCCCUUCUCGGAUGUGAACAUCGGCAAGGGCACGGCACACGCCCCUCGCUGGACGUCCGACAGCACCGUGGCCGAGGUGACCAGCAUUCAGCUGGAAUUCCGCGAGCUGAGCCGGCUGACCCAGGAUGAGCAUUACCAGAAGGUGGUGAACGAAGUGAUGAGGCUGGUGCACAAGCUGGAGGGCAAGCAGGACGGUCUGGUGCCAAUGUUCAUCAACACUAACAGCGGUCAGUUCACGCACCUGGGCGUGUUCACGUUGGGCGCACGCGCCGACAGCUACUACGAAUACCUGCUUAAGCAGUGGAUCCAGGGAGGCAAGAAGGAGACUGAGCUGCUGGAAGAUUACGUGCAGGCAGUGGAAGGCGUGAAGAAGAACCUCCUUAGGAAGUCCUCUCCCCGGAGCCUCACCUUCGUGGGGGAGCUGUCCCACGGUCACUUCAGCCCCAAAAUGGACCACCUGGUCUGCUUCCUGCCCGGAACGCUGGCUCUCGGUGCCCACAACGGUCUGCCCAAGGAGCACAUGGAGCUGGCCAAGCAGCUGAUGGAAACCUGCUACCAGAUGUACGCCCAGAUGGAGACAGGCCUGAGCCCUGAGAUCGUCCACUUCAACAUGCCGCCCUACGAAGGCCAGGACGUCGACGUGAAGCCCGCAGACAGACACAACCUCCUACGACCAGAGACGGUGGAGAGCCUCUUCUACCUCUACAGGUUCACCCAGGAUAAGAAGUACCAGAACUGGGGCUGGGAGAUCUUCAAGAACUUUAACAAGUACACCAGGGUCUCCUCUGGGGGCUUUACCUCCAUUAACAACGUGCGAGAUCCUCAGUACCCUAACCCCAGAGACAAGAUGGAGAGCUUCUUCCUGGGCGAGACGCUCAAGUACUUCUACCUGCUUUUCUCAGACGACCCAAAUCUGAUCAGCCUGGACAAGUACGUUUUUAACACGGAGGCACACCCCCUGCCUAUCUGGCCGUCCGCGGCGUGAGCGAUGCAGACACAUCGCAUGCCUCAGGGUUUGGGUUCUGAGAAGUGUUCUCAGAAGUUCUUUAUGAAGACCUUAACACUUUGCUGAUGGUCAACAUGAAAGCCUGUGUUUAGAAUCCAGAUUUUUAUAAUGGACAACAGUGUCAGAAUUAUACACAGGUUAUUACAGCAUGUCAAGGGCUUAGGGAGGGGGCGGGUAAUAUAUUUUUAAUAUGUGUUCUGCGAAUAACCUAUAAAACAAAAAAUGUCUGGUGGAGUUAUAUUGCAGUGUAGCUCUGAUCAGCAAUGUGGUAAAUUGGCCAGUAAUGAUUCUGUGUGAUGAAAAGCUGCAAUUUUUAUUUUUUUUUGUGAUGGGGAUACAGAGGAUGAAUAGAAUGGGGGGUUAAAAAUGGAAAAACAAGAAAAGCUGAUAUCUGAGCCAGGGUAUAAGUGACCCCAUGGAUAAAUACUGCCAUGUUGACUCUCGAGUACACAGCCCCUUCCAGUCUGAUUCCAAAGUGAAUGAUGCAUUUUUAUAUAUAUUUUUAAAAUAUAUAAUAAAUUUAAAUCCUUCCACAAUCCCUUCUGUCAUUCCUAGAACCAUUAUUAUAAUAAGUUAUAUAUGGAUGUUUGCAAUGAUAUUUGAAGUUUAUUUGUUAGUAGGGAUGCACAGGUAUUCAUAGUAGUAUCAGUAUCGUAUCUGAUACCAUGCUCAUGUCGUCAUGACAACGUGCCGAUGCCUUUAACUGAUACCACAUAAUGACAUAUCAGCGAUCCAUUGUUUUCCACAGAGACUAAAAAACUGACGAUCAGCCCCCCUCUCCACCCCCUGGGUGGCAAGUCUUAACACGGGCUGUUUACUGGAUUGUCUGCAUAUUGUUUUGUUCAGGCUUUAGCAAAAAACAAAAAUGAAGUGCCCCACAUGGUUUUGUGGUGGGGGGGGGAUUUCAAUAUUAUUGUUUAUCCUAAUAUUUUUAUGUUAAAAUGACGCAUAUUUUAUUGACAUCGCACAGCCCUAAUUGGUAUUGGUAUGGGCGACUACCAGAAAGCGAGUAUCAGUACUCAUACUCGGUCAAACAAAUUGGUAUCAGUGCAUCCCUACUUGUUACUAUGUCAGUAUGAAGGCUUGUACUGCAUCAGGGACCACAGUGUGGUGACGACAAGAUGCAGAACUCAGUUUUGUUGUGUUGACAGUUAUUAACGUUGUUGAUUUUCUUUGUGUGUGGUUAAGUGGAUGCGGGGGGGGCACUUUCUUUUUGCAGAGACCUGUUGUGACUUGAGAGGGUCUGUGGUGCAUUUAGGGAGAUACUUGUGACUGGUAUUUAAUUAGAAAGAGGCCUGCAGGACAGCAAGGCAGACAGCUCUGUGAAUGGACUGCAGGGAAACUCUAGAAUGGAGGGGAAAUGUAGGGGAUGUACCUAAAUGUGAUCUCAGCCAUUGUUCCUGUACAUAUAUACAUAUUUUAAUUGUACAGAUGAUUGACGGGGUAUGUUUUAUGGUCUUCUGGGAUUUUUUUUUUUUUCGCUCUAGCAAUUGACACUGUUAGUGUAGCCAAAGUAGUUGACUGAGUCUGUUUAUUUGUGCAUUAUUUUCUUUAGAGGAAUCAGUACCAGAGGGCAGAAAACUGCUGGUUGUUCAGGUUAUGGUGACGUACGGAGUGCCAAUGGCGAGUUUUCAGUAGCACAGAGGAGGCCAUGAGCUUUUAGCGCAGAAUCGUGUCCGCUGCCUCGUGCCGCAUGUGUACCGCACAUGAUCCUUUAUUUUCCCGAUCUUAGUUGGCUGUGUUUGAGGUAAUAGUGGCUUUAUAGUGUGGUUUUGUCACGGCGAGAGAACUGCACAUUCAUGUUCCCGUAGGACACUUUAUCGUUUGACCUUUUUUUUAAAUAAAAAAAAAAGCUUUUGAUGUAGGAAGACUUACAAACAGUUAGUCUUCUUUCUUAGGUGUGAUAUUUUGAUUUGUGCUCAAGUUGUGAUUGUUGCGUGCAAGUGAAAAUUCCACUUAAUGCUUUUUAUCAGCCACUCGGAUGGGUCGUUAUGUAAGUAGCAAGGAUGAAGAAUUUGCUUUUGCAAAUAAGUGCUGAGGUUAUUGAUUAUCAAGGAACAGAGCCAUACUGGUUCUUGGUAGCCGAGAGCAAUAUUAUAGAGUGGUCGUCUGCAGUAACUGGUCUUACUGCGUUGUUAGUGGAGUUUCACUCUGAUCUGUGCCUUUGAAUCAGUGGUAUGUACAGUGUCCCUGUAUGCAGGCUGCUUGGCUGUGACUCUGUUUUCCUGCCAGUGCAUAUAGUUUGGAUCUAUAUUUUGGUUUAUAUGUACAUGAUUGUUUCUUUUUUCUCUUGUUAAAAUAUUUGGAGCAGGACUAUAUUUGUAUUAUAGCUUAAUUUCCAUGGUUGAAUGCUUGGAAUAAUGUCUGAAAUUCACAAGACAUUGACUCGUUUGUCGUUGACAUUUCUUCCUCGAUUUAAAUCAAGAUCAGCUUUGAAAAAGCUACAGGGAUUUAACAGUUUACUCUAAAUGUGCCCGUACAAGUCACUGGAAUUUCAUAUGAAAUGACUUUGCACUAAUUACAGUUCCUGAAGUAUCACCUCUUCUGUACAGGGUUACUGAUAUCAAGUCAUCAGUGAUACCGGCAAUGUAUCCAUGCUUUUGUAUUUUUUUAAUAAAUGCAUGGGAUUAAAAGAAUUUGUUUAAAUGUUUAAAACAAUAUGAUCCCUAACAAUGACCAGAAUUUUAAAUUUACUCCAAAAACCAAAGACAUUCCUGAUGCUUUCCAAAGACGACUCAUGUUCAACCUGCAUGUCGUGAAAUUGACCUUAACAAAUAGCAGUGGUCAGUAGACCAUAUAGAAACUUCAUUCAGCGUUGCCCCAGAUGUCAUGUCCACCCAAUAUCAGUCCACUGACAAACUGAUCAAGUUCUCUGCAUUGCCCUGCAUACAACAAAGCUCACUGUAAUCCAUACCAGACUUCCAUCCCUGAACUUUUUAUCUGUACAUAGGCAAAGGUUUUGUGAACCGAGAAUCAAAAAUCAAAACUUUUUUGAAAAAGACUAUUGAUUUUAUUGCAUUUGUACAAAUGUUGGCAUUAAAUUUUUACGAAAGGUUAAUAAAAUUGUAGUUCAUAAAU